GGGUCCAUAUGGAUAUACAACUUGCAACAGGUAAAAAUAAAUGUGGUUUUUUAACUAUUGAUUCUAGGGAAACAGUCGCGCAGGAAAUGCCGAUUUUUCGGUAAAUAUCUCACAGCUUCUAGACGACGUUGACAAAAAAUCUACAGAAACACAAAUGCGCAGCAUGCAUGAAUGACGUGUGUCAAUUCGUACGUCAUGUUACACUGUUACAGUCCAGAGUGAAUGAAGACUAUAUCCGGUACAGCGACCGCACCGCGCAUCUGUGUCUGUAAGGUUACUGAAGAAAUUGCGGUUAAGUUGUGCAUGCGCUGGCUACGUGCACGAAGCGAAUUACAUAAACUUGCGAUCUAAAAGUGUCACGUAGUCAACUAUCCCGGUUACAAGGUAUAAGUAAUAUUCUAAUGUCUGCAGAGCUUACCACUAGACAGUGGACACACAUGAACAGGUACAUACUUAUACUUGAAAGAUAAAAUCUAUCCGUGUGUAUUUAAUAGUAAUAUGUAAACUGCUUGACAAGAUUAUAAAUUUUAACUUCUCGGUACUUAAUAAUCAUUACUUAAUUUUUUCAAUAAUGAAGGAAAAUAUGGAUGAGGUAAAGAAUCCUCCUUGCGUGGCCAUUGAUCUUGCAGUGAAUAACGCCGCGUUCAUCGGAGAUGAUGGGAAAGUAAUUGAUGUAUCCUUAAUUGAUAAUAAUAUACCCCCCAAAACAUCAGGAAAACAAGAAAUCGACUACUCUACGGCAACGAAAACUACGCAGUUUGGAGCCUCACUAGCUGCUGCUUUCAGUGCGUUUCUUUUGGGAACAACUUUCGGUUGGUCAUCACCCGUUCAGCCACAAUUACAACAAGUUUAUACAACUUUUCGGAUGAAUGACUUAAAUCAGACAAGUCUAUUAUACACACUGCACUUGGAUGGUGAUCAAAUGUCUUGGGUUGGUUCGUUAUUGAAUAUUGGCGCUCUGUUCGGAGCUCUCUGCGGAGGACUUUUAAUGGACAAAUUUGGCCGUCGAUUCGUCCUGAUGACGAUGACCUCACCUUACAUCAUUGGUUGGCUAAUGAUAACACUUGCAUUAGAUCCAAUUAUGUUGUACGUCGGCCGAGUCAUCGUUGGAUUUGCAGGAGGGGUUUGUGCAGCAAUCGCACCUUGCUACAUCGGUGAGGUCUCAACUCCUACCAUGCGAGGAACCGCAGGCUUAUUCUAUUCAAUGAAUCGAGCUUCUGGAAUAUUGGUUACUUCAUGCAUGGGGCUAUGGCUUGACUGGCGUUGGUUAUCGGCCAUUUGUACAAUUCAACCAUUAAUUUUACUUGUUGGUUUGUCCUUCGCUCCUGAAUCGCCAUACUUUUUAAUCAAAAAAGGAAGACAAAAUGAUGCACACAAAGCUAUGCAGUGGCUUCGAGGUCCUAGCUACAGUAUUGAAGCAGAAAUAGAUCAAAUUAAAACUCGAGUUCUGGACGAUUCCCGAGAAGCCCCCAAAUUAUCCGACUUUUAUCAACCCGGGGUGUUUAAACCUAUUCUGAUUGGAGUAGCUUUGAUGAUAUUGCAACAGUUCUCCGGAUUAAACGCUGCAUCGUUCAAUGCCUCGGAAAUUUUCCGGAUUGCAGAUUUGGACUUUAAUCGUCUUAUUGGAGUCGUUAUAAUCAGCGGUGUUCAAGUCGUGGCAGUCGUCUUGUCUUCUUCGCUGCUGGUGAAAAGAUUUUAUCGAAGAACAUUGUUCAUAGUAUCUGUCGGAUUUGCUUGUAUUUCAAUGCUCACCUUAGGUGUCUUCUUUUACUAUCUGGACUCGUCAUCCUCACAAAAUUUAACCAAAUUCAAAUGGAUUCCUUUGGCAUCUCUAAUUGUAUUUUUCGCUGCUGUCGGAAUGGGUUUAGGGGGUCUUCCGUGGCUCAUAUCCAGUGAAAUCCUUCCUGCUAAAUUUCGAGGGCCCGGUAGUUCAAUUGUCGCUUUCUCUAAUUUUCUUAUGUCAUUUAUCGUGACCAAGACAUUUAUCGAUAUGCAACGUUUGAUGACCCAUGCUGGUGUUUUUUGGUUUUAUUCCAGUAUUUGUUUUGUGGGCGUUUUAUUUGGUUUUUUUCUUUUACCCGAGACGAAAGAUAGAACAGCCAAUCAGAUACAGGCUUACUUUAAAAGUGAUAGAAAAUCUGAAGGUCCCCAUUCUGUGUUUCCCUCUGGUGGUGUCAGGACACCUCUGUGAACUAUUUAAAC